ACUGACGCGUUGCUUCCGUGGUUUCCAUAGCAACAUGACAGUAAACAACACAUCCAAACCGCGGUUCGCUUUACAACUUACUUAACACCGUUAAGCUAGCUGGCUUGCAUUUUAAAAGUGUUGCCCGAAGACCCGGAAAGACCUGAUCUAGUGACUGCUGUGGGCUGCAUGCUCGGCUGGAGCUGAAAGGAUUCCUCUCUAAAGCAACGUCUGUGACAAGCCACCAUGGUUUGCCUGAACAUAGAUCUGAUUGCUAAAUCUAGACACCACCUCAAAAAGAAAAGGGGCCUCUCCUUCCCAGACUACAUCAAGACACUCACCCACCUCCACUUUUCUGACAAGAAUAUUGAAGAUAUUGGUGACCUCUCCAUGUGUAGAAACCUCACUGUCCUUUACCUGUAUGAUAAUCAGAUCACACACAUUCACAACCUUGGCUUUGCCUCCAACCUCACACAUCUGCAUAUGCAGAACAACAACAUCACUCAUAUGGAUAAUCUCUCCAAUCUACAGAAGCUCUCCAAACUGUAUCUGGGCGGAAACAGGAUUGCAGUGGUGGAGGGCUUAGAGAAGCUCAGUGAGCUCAAGGAGCUUCAUCUGGAGAAUCAGAGGCUGGCACCAGGGGAAAAGUUGCUCCUUGACCCCAGGACUCUGCUCUCACUCGCUGAAUCUCUUUGUGUCCUGAAUAUCAGUAACAACAGCAUCGAUGACAUCAGGGACCUGGCAGCGCUGAAGGAACUCCAGCAUUUUUCUGCUGCUGACAAUAAACUGCACAAUAUGGAGGAGUUAGAGGAUGUGUUCAGCCACUGGCCUCAGCUGCUUCAGAUGGAUUUGAGUGGGAAUCCUGUGUGUAAAAAACCAAAGUACAGAGACCGUCUGAUAACCGUGUGCAAAAGGCUCGAGGUUCUCGAUGACAGAGAAAUUCACGAGACGACCAGACAGUUCCUGAUCAACUGGAAAGCAUCCAAAGAGGCCAAGAAGAAAAAAGCCAUCAAACAUAUUAUGAGCAGACCCUUACUGCCUCAUCUCCUGUUGGAUGACUUAAACAUGGGUCAGGGUCCAUAUCCUGGUCACGUCUACAGCCACGCUAACAAGCUGAGGUGGAAUUCGCAGCAGGCUCUCAGGGCACAGAAAUUAAAGAUUCCUCAGCGUGGACGCCUCAGUCAUACGGCCAUCUCAUCGCCCGUCUGCGGUCCCGUCGAUGCUUGAGACAGACCAGUUGGCAUAAAUGUACACACACACACAGAUCGGCUGGAGCCCCAGACUAACCUUCUGCUGCCUCGUUCAGGCACCUUGUUCAUCACAGCUGCAGAACAUGCAUCCCUGUA